GAGCCGUGGGAGGCGGAACCAGGAAGUAACUCACCUUAAAGGGACGGUGCUCACAACUGCGAAGGAAGCUCCAGUGUGGGACAUGCGAGCAGUGCUGCGCCUGGCAGCGGUGGCGGUCCCCAUGGGCGUGCUGCUGUCCCGCACCAUGGCGUGGAUGUCCAGCGGCAAAACGAACGCAGAGCUUGUCGGCAGACUGAGGGAUCAUGGGGUGAUCCGUAACGACAGAGUGUUUGAUGCCAUGCUGGACACUGACAGAGGACUUUACUCUAGAGACUAUCCGUAUGCCGACUCUCCGCAGAACAUAGGCUACAGGGCAACCAUCAGUGCACCACACAUGCAUGCACAUGCUUUGGAGCUGUUAAGUGACAAACUAACUGAAGGGGCGUCUGCAUUGGAUGUAGGUUCAGGAAGUGGAUAUCUAACUGCCUGCUUUGCAAGAAUGACAGGACCCAGUGGUAGAAUAGUUGGGAUUGAACACAUUGAUGAACUGGUUCAAAUGUCAAGAAAAAAUGUGCACGCCGAUGACCCUGAGUUGCUUUCUUCUGGACGCAUCAAACUUGUGGUGGGAGAUGGAAGACAGGGUUAUCUGGAAGGAGCGCCGUAUGAUGCCAUUCAUGUUGGUGCAGCAGCAGCUUCUGUUCCCAAGCCUCUGCUGGAACAGCUGAAAACAGGCGGGCGUCUGGUUCUCCCAGUGGGCCCCGAAGGUGGCAGUCAGGUGCUAGAACAAUACGAUCGGCAGAGUGAUGGAACUUUCCUGAAGAAAGCGUUAAUGGGAGUGAUUUAUGUCCCCCUGACUGACAAGAGGCACCAGUGGUCGGGAAGAUGGCGAUGGUGCUGUGUCUCUGAGGUAUCGUAGAGCUCCCCACAAUCUCACUGAGGUUCAAUCUUUACCAGAUGCUGCUCCACAGAGUUGAUACCUAACAACACACAAGGAGAGUUUUGUUCUGUUUGCCUAAACAGAUUGUCUUCCAAGAAACCUAGAAUGAGUAGCUGAGGAAGUGUGAACCUGUCCACUGAUUACCAUGUUGGUGGUGUGGAUG